GAGGCAGGUGCAGGUUUCAGCGGCGAGUUCCGACGAAGACGACGGCUCCGCGGUGGAGGUCGGAAGCGCCGGCGCAUGGAAGGAGUUCAGGCAUAAGUUCGGCCCCUACGGCAUGCAGAUUGCCGUCGGCAUCCUUGUCGAGGUCGCGUGGUGUGCUUGCAUUGGAGGUUGGCUGGACAGGGCAGAGAAGGCCAGUGCGGGCUCCAAAACCCUGGAGGAGUUGGACCUGGUUCAGAAGGAUGAGUACAACGUCAAGGAGCUCAACUGGAUCGUGUUCCUGGUCUGUCUUGUGGGCCGAUGGAUCGCCAUCUCCUUGUGGUUCCGAAGGCAGCGGCGUUUUGGACGGUGCGCUGUCACGGCGAGUGCCGCGUCGGCGAUGUACAUUGUUUUUUCGGUCUCGCAGUGGGUGGUCUAUUUCGGGGCCUACUACUUGGUUCUGGAUUCGUUGACCACAGUCACGUUCAACCCUCAUGUGCAGGUCAAGCGGAUCGCCGAAUACUCCGACACACGCGCAAGCAACGCCACAAAUUUGGCCGAUGGUGUUAUCGACGUGGUGAACGCCGACGAUGCUGUCCUCAACCUGACAAUGGCCCACUGCCUGGAAAAAUAUCCUCCCUUAGAUUGCGUGUCGAGGGUCAACCGUCAUGUGACGUGUGAAGUCAAAUUCGAUCCAGAUGUCUGCAGCGGCUACACUUGGAUGGGAAAGGGAAAACAUGAGAUGAAAUGCUGCGUUAAAGACAUUUACAGUCUGACGAGGCCAAACGUCCCUGUGCCAUUCGCAUUCGGACAAAAUCUCGAUACUAUGUUCAUGCUCUUGAAAUGGCUGGCGGUGUUGAGUAUAUCAUGGACUCUCAAGGAUCUCCCGAUAGUGCCAAGCUCAGCCCAGAGUUCUGGGUUUUUGAAUGGCUGCUGGAUGGAUCUUAUGGAUUCGGUUGUCUUCGGCGCUUACUUGGUCAACGACAGGGUGCUGUACCCCAAGUACGGCAUCGACUCGGAUGGGACAGCCGCAGAAAGCAAAGACGAAGACUACAUUAGUCUCCUGAGGCUCACGUGGAUCGUGGCGUUUGUGCUGGCCACGUUGUCACCAUCGCUGUACACCUUCUACAGCCACUCUGGAGAAGAGGACGACGGCGCGGGAACCGAGAACGCGCCCCGUGAUUUCGCCCACAGCGCGGAGAGUUUGAUCCGAAGCUUGCAGAUGCUCGAGCGCCAGAGCGCGCUGGAUCAUGUGGAGGAGUGCCUCGCGAUCCAGCGCGAGGCGUACGUCCAGCACUCCGUCGAGGCGGACGAGGCCCUCCUGGUGAAGGUCGCACCCAAAGGGCACGAGGAGCUCGUCACCGCCGACAAAUUUUUGCAGGACCUGUCCCUCGCUGUGGGCGGGCCUGCGCCCCGACCGGGACAGGCAACCAUGUUGAACGGUGGGGCGUACAGUGUCAGAUACACCGACGUGAGCGACAGCAGCUCAGAUGACGAGAUCGUUCCAGUGAGCCGUGUCUAUCCUGACGCCAGCGCAGAAGCAGAGAAACGCAUGUGUGGGCCAGGCUGCUGCAACGGCUGGUGCGGAGUCGCUGGCCUCAACCGUAAUUUCCAGAGGAAGGCCACAUUGAUCGACUCGGUGCGGUCUCUGUUCUUUUUGGAGGUGCCUUUCUUCCUGUGGCGGUUGUAUCCGAGAGUGGGACGGCCUAACCUUUGGCAGUUUCGUUGUCAUCCUCAUGCUCAAGAAUUUCGUGUGGGCCAUCAUGGACUUCCUCACGAUCCUCUCGUGCGGCGACAACGCGGCCACGUGCUUGGGAAUGAUGCCUGUCAGCAUGCUAUCCGAGGCACUUGA